GGCCCCCCUUCAUUGCGUCCUCUCCCCCUGCCAGCGGGGCAGAAGGCAAACGGAGCGCCUUUCCCCGCGGGUCGGGGCGCGGGUGGAGGCAGCCUCUGUGGACAUUUAACAGGCCGUUCUCUGCGGAAUUUUCUCACCCGCCGCGUUCUUUGUUCGCUGCUGUUUCCGCGGCGGGAUGACGGGGAAAGGCGAGCCGAGCGGAGCCGAGCCCAGCGCGGGCGAAACUGCUGCCUGGCUUCGGCCCCGGGCGGCUGCCGCUCCUCAGGGUCGAACCUCGAGCUCCAGCCCCCGUCAGGCGAAAACUGACAGGGUUUAUCUGCACGGCGCUCUGCGCGGGCGGGGAGCCUGCCCGAGACAACUGUUCACUGCAGACACCCCUAAAUGGCGGGGAAGGCCCCCCUUGGCUCAGCUAGCCCAAGUGUUAAAGAUACCUUUGUUGGAGCCAGAAAUGGACAAUACAGGCUUUUAAAAAUAGUCAUUGACAAUGAACAGCUUGUUGUGGGAUCCUCUAGGCAGCCAGUUGGAUCAUGGGAAAAGGAUUAUGAUUCUUUUGUCCUUCCCCUUCUUGAAGACAAGCAACCGUGUUAUAUAUUGUACAGAUUAGAUUCUCAGAAUGCUCAAGGAUAUGAGUGGAUCUUCAUUGCAUGGUCACCGGAUCACUCUCCUGUUCGCCAGAAAAUGUUGUAUGCAGCAACACGAGCAACCCUUAAGAAAGAAUUUGGAGGUGGUCACAUUAAGGAUGAAGUAUUUGGAACAGUGCAGGAAGAUGUUUCACUGAAUGGAUAUAAAAAAUACUUGAUAUCUCAGUCGUCCCCUGCACCCCUCACUGCAGCGGAAGAGGAACUUCGUCAGAUUAAGAUUAAUGAGGUACAGACAGAUGUUGGUAUAGAUACGAAGCAUCAGACAUUGCAAGGAGUAGCAUUCCCCAUUGCUAAAGAAGCUGUUGAGGCUUUGGAGAAAUUGAAAAAUAAGAAACUCAAUUAUGUCCAACUGCAAAUUGAUAUGAAAAAUGAAGUCAUUGUUUUGGCCAACACACUUCAUACUGAACUUAAGGACUUGCCAAAAAGAAUUCCAAAGGAUGCUGCGCGCUACCACUUUUUCCUGUAUAAGCAUGCCCAUGAAGGGGACUAUUUGGAGUCCAUAGUUUUCAUCUACUCUAUGCCAGGGUAUACCUGUAGUAUACGAGAACGAAUGCUUUACUCCAGUUGCAAAAGUCCACUGCUAGAAAUUGUGGAAAGGCAGAUGUGGAUGCAGAUAAUUAGAAAGAUUGAAAUAGAUAAUGGUGAUGAGUUAACUCCUGACUUUCUUUAUGAAGAGGUUCAUCCAAAACAACACGCUCACAAACAAAGUUUUGCUAAGCCAAAAGGUCCUGCGGGGAAGAGGGGAAUACGCAGACUGAUUAGAGGUCCAGCAGAGACUGAAACACCUAGUGAUUAGAAGCUGUUGUUUGCAUUUGUUAUAAAGUAAGAAAUGAAAUUGUGGCUUUUGGUAAUGAACUGAAAUCAUUCCAUUCAUAGAUGCUAGGGAAAAAAAACAAAACGCUCUUUUUACUCGUCUCUUCAGACCCAACCACUUUUUAUAUUUUUACAUGAUUAUAUUUGUUGACCAUGUUUUAUGACAUGUGAAAAAGAUUAUUUUAAAGCUAGAAAAGGAAAACUAAGCUAGUACCCCUUUAUUUUUAACUGAGGAUCCAUUAUUUAAUAUCUAUACAUGUGAUGAUCAACAUUGCACACCUAAAAGCAUGAAGCCCACGUAUCCUGUGGGUAAGCUGCAGCUGUACGCUGAGAUAACAAACCUGUGUUCUUAUGAGUAGCCUACAGAGACCCCCUCAGACUUCCCAUUCGAGAGGAGCUGGAGGACUGUGUAGCAUUGUCCCAGAGAAAUCUUUAUUUUUCCUUGUAGCUCUUAUGGACAAUACUACAAUAGGAGAUUUUCUUCUGGUUUUAACAUCAUGUCCUGUUGGCUUUGAUGGUUGUUUUGUUUGGGUUUGUUUUGGCUUCUGUUUUUUCGUUUGGGGUUUUUUUUGUAGUAGAAAAGAUAAACUAAAAUCGGUUAUCCAUCAGCUAAUGUAAGUGUUCAGGAAUAGCUGGAUAUUAUCCUGCAUAAAAGCAUGGUCAUUUCAAAUUUAUAACUAAUUUCAUAGAAUUGCCUUUAAAGAAAUCUGACAUAAACACUAUAGCUUUUACAGACUUCUGUGACACUCAUAAGCCUUACACAUUCAGUACUGAAUGACCAAGUAAAAGGCAAUUAAAAGUGCAUGAGUUCAUAUACUCAUGGAGCUGCUUUCAAAGCAAUAUGUGUAAAGUUUCUAAUAAAUAAUUGAUUGUCUGUGCACUUGGAUCUAAAACAUUGCAAGUUCAAUAAAAAUUGAAGUACAUUUGCUUCAUAAUGGCAGGUUACUCUUGAGAUCCUAGUGUGUUGGCAGCAUCAGCUGCAAUUUCAACUUUCAAGGUAUUCUGAAAAUGAAUUUUCUUAAAUGUUUGAACUUUAAUAGUAAGUUAAAUCUCUAAAAAAGUCCAGCUAGGUAUUGAAUAACUGCUGGCAGCACCUGGUUAGGAUUUGUUCUUUUUUGGUUUUUUCCCCUUUCCCUUCUCCAAAAUAUUAAAAUCAGCCAGAAUGGUGUAAACUUGAUUGAACCCUGACUAAUGUCUUUCAUAGGAAGAGGAAAAUCAGACUAUUUUAAUAAGUGGAUUAAAGAAGAAUUAGAUAUGGAAAUUGAGGAUUGGAUGACCUUAAAAAUUUAAAAUUGUGUACUGAGGCAAAUACUAGUGGAUAGACUGUAUUUCCAAGGGGACACUUGCUUUCUAGUGUUCUGCAUGUGAGCUUUGUGGGGGUUGAACUAUUUUUAAAGCUACAUGGGAGCUGCAAGUCUUGAUACACUACAUGUUAUUGUGGGUGCUGGGUGCACACAUUCUACAGCUGAAUCACAGCUUUACCUGGUGGAAGACAGAUCUUAACCUAGUUUUGUAGGGAAGUAAUGCUUUGACACUACUAGUUCUUGAGAAAAUUGGAUUUAUCUCCUAUAUUAUUUUGUUUGGAGAUACUAGCUUGAUAUGGAUGUCUGAGAUUGCACUAUAUAAUGUGAAGAUUGCAAUAGUUGUUGGUUUUACUGUGGUUUUUAUAUGCAAUAGAAAUUUGACACCUCAGCUUUUUUUCAUUUAAUCUUACACAUUACAUCAAUCCACCUCAAUUGCUCUUGAUUCUCUGGCUAAUCUCCUGCCUGCCCUUAGCUAGGGUGUUCUUUUUCAGCCUCCUGCCUUCUCCCUCCAGGGCACGGACCUGCUCUUUGAAGUGUUUCUUCUAUGUACUACCUGUAGGCAAGCGUCAUUGUUUUUUAACCAUGGCUAAUGUGCAUGCAGCUCAUUGUAUGCUGUAAUUAAAUGUAUUUUCAGUUGAACUCUGAAUCUUUUCAGUAUACCUAAUUCACUUUGGGUUUUGGGGAUUUGUUGUGGUUUUUUUAAAGAAAACUUUUGAGUGUAGCAGUUAAUAAUUACAGCUAGAGGGGCUGUUUGAAUUUAAUAUUCCUGCCUAUGUGUCAGCCAUAUGGAUAGUGCAUGUACAUCUUGACACUUACUUGAGCCAAGAAAGGAGUGUCAACUUUUUAAUACCAAAUGUUUUAAAUAACUAUAUCAGGCCAAACUGUUCAUUAUGUGCACAUCUUGGGUCUUUUGUUUCCUAAUCCUGCCCUAGGUAGAUGAGGAUAGGAGGUAGAAAGCUUAAUCUGGAGGAUGGCAGAGAUGAUUAAGUGAUUAUGUGAGGGCAUGUUUAAUGAGCUGCUUUAGAGUUGGGCCCAAACCAGACAAUGUAAGUUACCUUACUUGAAAAUAUUCUAUGUGAGUGUAGAAAGCCCUGAGCUACCAGCAGAGUCAUGUCCUGGGUGUAUUUUCCCCUCAAAGAGGACCGUGUGCAGCCCGGUGCUGCCUUGGCAGCAUCGCGUGGCUGUUCUCCUGACACAGCAAUAAGAAGCAUCUGGCCUUCCUGUAGGAUCUGUCACGUUUACAUCUGCGUCGCUGCCUCAUGUGACACUACUACUGCUAUUAAUGAAUAUUCAGAGCCAGCACAAAAUCAGGGCAUUAAUGACAGUUAUUCCUUUAACUGUCUGGUCAUUUAAUAAUGGAAAGUGUCUGUUCAGGUUUUUGUUGGCCUUCAUAAAACCCAAAAGCAAUGCAGCUGCUUGCAGUUAACUCACAAGCUAUUAAGUAGUUCAGUAAUGUGAUAGGUGGUUAUUUUUGAAAUGUUUAUGUUACAAAGUAGGGAGAAUCUGAUCUUUUGAAACACUCCUAACAAAGGUUUGUAAAACUGAUCAAGGCAAUAAUUGCUCCAUGAUGAACAUAUUGAUAAAGGAAACUUUUCAUUUAUGGUGUCUAUGUAUUCAAUGAGAACCACCUUCAGAUGCUAAAAACUAAGUUUACCUUAUCUAUUUUGUAAUUUACUUUAUAAAUAAAGAUUGAUGCUUUAGUUUGGUGCUGUCCAAGUCACUUCAUAAUCUCUUUAACAAAGAUCUGUAUCUACUGCUAUCAUGAUGGCAGCAAGAUGCAGUUCCCAUGGGGAUGGGAAAGCAGGACAGAAAACUUGAUUUCAGGUGUUUGAGUGGAGGUGGGCAGAAACAGAAUUCCUGGCUUUUGUGUUGGAGAAAAGUCCCUAUGUUGGAAACAGCUGCUUUCCCGUGCCUUGUGGAUGUAGCACAGAGGCCUACAUGGCAGGAUCCAAGGGUGCUCAUCUCCUAAGGGUUUUAUGCUUUCAGUAAUAAUACCCUUCAAAAAGUUCUUCUGUCCUUUUAAAAUGCUGAAGUAGAUGAUUAGUAAU